AUGCAACCUAUGGUCAUGCAGGGAUGCCCUUACACCCUCCCACGAUGUCAUAAGUGGCGGGCAGCUGACAACUUCCAUCACAGCCGUAGCCUCCGAAGCACCUGCCCCCAGCCUCAGGUUAGAGCUUCUGCCACCACCCCCGUACCUCCUCACGAUAGUGCUGGGGUACCCUGCCUAAGUCCAAAGCUAUUCAACGGGUCUGUUGGUGCCACCAGAAUCCUGGAACCACCAGCCAUGAAUCUGUGUUGGAAUGAAAUAAAAAAGAAGUCUCACAAUCUCCGUGCCCGGCUAGAGGCCUUCUCAGACCACAGUGGAAAGCUUCAGCUCCCUCUCCAAGAGAUAAUUGACUGGCUCAGCCAAAAGGAUGAGGAAUUGUCAGCUCAGCUGCCCCUACAAGGGGAUGUGGUCCUGGUGCAACAGGAGAAGGAGACACAUGCGGCCUUUAUGGAUGAUGUCAAGUCUCGAGGCCCCUAUAUUUACUCUGUGCUGGAAUCAGCUCAGGCCUUCCUGUCCCAGCACCCAUUUGAUGAAUUAGAGGAGCCUUGUUCUGAGAGCAAAGAUACCUCUCCUAGACAGCGGAUCCAGAAUCUCAGCCGCUUUGUGUGGAAGCAGGCAACAGUGGCCAGUGAACUCUGGGAGAAGUUGACAGCCCGCUGCGUGGACCAGCACCGCCACAUUGAGCACACUCUGGAGCAGCUGUUGGAGAUCCAAGGGGCAAUGGAGGAAUUAAGUGAAACUCUGACCCAGGCUGAGGGAGUCCGAGCCACUUGGGAGCCCAUUGGGGAUCUCUUCAUUGAUUCACUUCCCGAGCAUAUCCAGGCUCUUAAGCUAUUCAAGGAAGAAUUCUCCCCCAUGAAAGAUGGAGUGAAGUUAGUAAAUGAUCUGGCCCAUCAGCUUGCCAUUUCUGAUGUGCACUUGUCAAUGGAGAACUCCCGGGCUUUGGAGCAAAUCAAUAUCCGGUGGAAACAGCUACAGGUGUCAGUUGGUGAGAGACUUAAGCAGCUUCAGGAUGCUCACCGGGACUUUGGGCCUGGGUCACAACACUUCCUCUCCUCUUCUGUUCAGGUUCCCUGGGAAAGAGCAAUUUCACCCAAUAAAGUUCCCUACUACAUCAACCACCAGGCUCAAACCACAUGCUGGGACCAUCCCAAGAUGACAGAGUUAUACCAAACUCUAGCUGAUUUGAACAACAUUAAGUUCUCAGCUUACCGCACUGCCAUGAAGCUACGCAGAGUCCAGAAGGCACUGCGCUUGGACCUGGUAACUUUAACCACAGCCCUGGAGAUCUUCAAUGAGCAUGAUCUGCAGGCCAGUGAGCAUGUGAUGGAUGUGGUGGAGGUCAUUCACUGCCUGACUGCCUUAUAUGAACGGCUGGAGGAGGAAAGAGGCAUCCUGGUCAAUGUGCCGCUCUGUGUGGACAUGAGUCUCAACUGGCUCCUCAAUGUUUUUGAUAGUGGUCGCAGUGGAAAGAUGCGGGCAUUGUCCUUUAAGACUGGCAUUGCCUGCCUGUGUGGCACGGAAGUGAAGGAAAAACUGCAGUACCUCUUCAGCCAAGUGGCCAACUCAGGCAGCCAGUGUGACCAACGCCAUCUUGGUGUCCUGCUUCAUGAAGCCAUUCAGGUGCCCCGUCAGCUGGGGGAAGUGGCAGCCUUUGGUGGCAGCAACGUGGAGCCCAGUGUCCGCAGUUGCUUCCGUUUUAGCACUGGGAAGCCAGUCAUUGAAGCUUCACAGUUCCUGGAAUGGGUCAACUUGGAGCCCCAGUCCAUGGUGUGGCUGGCUGUUCUACAUCGGGUCACCAUUGCUGAACAAGUAAAGCAUCAGACCAAGUGCUCUAUCUGUAGGCAGUGUCCCAUCAAGGGCUUCAGGUACCGGAGUCUGAAACAGUUUAACGUGGACAUUUGCCAGACCUGCUUCCUGACUGGCAGGGCCAGCAAGGGCAACAAACUUCAUUACCCCAUCAUGGAGUAUUACACCCCGACCACAUCCAGUGAGAACAUGAGGGACUUUGCCACUACUUUAAAGAACAAAUUCCGCUCAAAGCAUUAUUUCAGCAAACACCCUCAGCGAGGUUAUCUGCCUGUUCAAUCGGUGCUGGAGGCUGACUACAGUGAGACGCCAGCUUCUUCCCCGAUGUUGCCACAUGCUGACACACACUCCCGAAUUGAGCAUUUUGCCAGCAGACUUGCUGAGAUGGAAAGUCAAAAUUGCUCCUUCUUUAAUGACAGCCUGUCCCCGGAUGACAGCAUAGAUGAGGACCAGUACCUGCUACGGCACUCCAGCCCCAUUACAGACCGGGAGCCAGCCUUCAGACAGCAGGCACCAUACAACAUGACCACGGAAAGCAAAGGGGAGCUUGAAAAGAUCCUAGCCCACCUAGAGGAUGAAAACCGGAUUCUCCAGGGAGAGCUGAGGCGCCUGAAGUGGCAGCAUGAGGAGGCCGCUGAGGUACCCCUGCUGACUGAGGGCUCUGCCGAGGUGGCACAGGACCACUGCAAUGAGGAGCUGCUGGCUGAGGCCCGGAUCCUUCGGCAGCACAAGAGCCGCCUGGAGACGCGCAUGCAGAUUCUUGAAGACCACAACAAGCAACUGGAGUCCCAGCUGCAGCGCUUAAGGGAGCUGCUCCUACAGCCACCUAUAGAAUCCAAUGGCAAUGGCUCUGUGGGCUCGUCUCUGGCUUCCUCUCCACAGCAGUCAGAAAGCAGUCACCCCCAAGAGAAAGGACAGACUACUCCAGACACUGAAGCUGCAGAUGAUGUGGGAUUGAAGAGUCAAGAUGUCAGCCUCUGCUUGGAGGACAUCAUGGAGAAGCUCCGCCACGCUUUCCCCAGUGUACGAAGUUCUGAUGUGACUGCCAAUACACUGCUGGCCUCUUGA